AGUGUGAGUGAUAUUCGCACCAAUGUCUUUUCACUUUUAAUCAGGGAGUGAAGCACCCUCCCACAGUGAAGAAAAAAUAAACACAACGAGAGAGCCGCGUCUCUCCCCAAAACGCGCAAUUCUCUGCUCCAUCCACAUUUGCGUAAAAUGAUGCAAAUGAAUAUACUGUCUUGGAGUCAGGGCUCCUCAUGUAACAUUGUGUCAUGCGCUCUUCACAGGCUGUGUUUGGUACGUCUGGUCAGCGCAUGGCAGUGUGUGGUGCAGAGGACGCAGGGGAGGACUGCUGCACCCCUCAUUUCUCCGCUGAGCCCUCAGGAGAGCGGAGGCAGACGGACUGCAUUUGGACUGCACUGAAGGGUUUUCUCUGAUCAAACGCAUAAUUCGGAGACACAAUCUGAAAAACGCAGUUAAACCAUGUAGACCUAGACCACUCAGACAGUUCCAAGUGAUCUAGAUCCUGUUAUGGAGGACCUCUUAACUCAAAAUGAGUGUGAGCACUGACAAUGUCACAAACUUGUGGAAAAAUGGUUCCUCGGAACUGGACGGGACUCUGGGCGCUUUUUCACAGGUCAACUUCACCAACAACAGCUCCAGCGGGGGAAACAACACGCAGCCCAGCGAGGUGGACCUCACCCGGGCAAUCCCGCUUGGUUUGGUGUUGGGGGCUUUCAUCGUGUUCGCUAUCAUGGGCAACAUCCUCGUCAUCCUCGCGGUGGUGUGCAACAGGCACCUGCGCACCCCCACGAACUACUUUAUCAUUAACUUGGCCAUCGCAGACCUCCUGCUGGGCACUACGGUGCUGCCGGUGUCCGCCACCCUUGAGAUCCUAGACUACUGGGUGUUCGGAAGGAUCUUCUGUGACAUUUGGGCGGCGGUGGAUGUUCUUUGCUGCACCGCGUCCAUCAUGAGCCUGUGCGUAAUAUCCAUUGACCGCUACAUCGGAGUGAGCCACCCGCUGCAGUAUCCGGGCAUCGUGACAGAGAAGCGGGCUCUGCUGGCCAUGCUGGGUGUGUGGGUGCUGGCAGUGGUCAUUUCCAUCGGGCCUCUUUUAGGGUGGAAACAGCCGCCAUCGCCGGACGACACGGUUUGCCCCAUUACUGAGGAGCCGUUUUACGCGCUCUUCUCCUCACUCGGCUCCUUUUACAUCCCCCUCGUGGUCAUCCUGGUAAUGUACUGCCGGGUGUACAUAGUCGCCAAACGGACCACAAAGAACCUGAAGGCAGGUGUGAUGCGCGAGAGGAUGAACUCCGGGGAGCUGACCCUCAGGAUCCACAAGGGGUCUCAGGUGCAAGAAGAGUCCGACAGCUCGGGCACAGCAGCUGGCAAGGGCCGCGCUCACCAAGCGAGGAGUUCCCUCACGGUGAAACUUCUGAAAUUUUCCCGGGAGAAGAAAGCGGCUAAAACUUUGGGGGUUGUGGUCGGCAUGUUUACGCUUUGUUGGCUGCCCUUCUUUCUCGCCUUACCCAUAGGGUCUUUCAAUUCCAACCUGCGCCCACCUGAUGUCCUCUUCAAAGUGAUCUUCUGGCUGGGAUACUUCAACAGCUGCCUAAACCCCAUCAUCUACCCCUGCUACAACCGCGAGUUCAAGCUGGCCUUCAUUCAGAUCCUUAGAUGCCAGUGUCAUCAGCGUAAAAGGAGAGCAUACAACUACCGCUCCUCCAACUUCAGCUCCUCUGGACAUUCACGCAAAGGCUCAGCGGAUCACAACUCCAGCUGCUUAAACGGCAGCCAGCGCACUCUGCCGUCAUCGGCCAGUCCGAGUCCCAGCUACCUGAGCCAUGGUCUGCCAACUUGCCCUGAAGGGGAAACAUUAUACAUCUGGGGGGGUACAUCCCCAACUCUCUCGACUCCGAACCUGCUGCCCGGUAGCCCUGCAGACUGCCAGCACGGAGCUCUGAGAGGAGAGUUAAGAGGAGGGCAACCAGCUGAGGAGACCACUGGAAGUGUUUUCUCUUUCUCCUUUAGGAAUAACAGAGACAAAACAGGGAUCAACAAAGACAGCAAUUUGUCUGACGACAAAGUCUGACAUGCUCAUUCCUUAUAGGGGUUGAAGUCCCAAGCAGACCGUGGAUAAGGAUUUCACCUAUUUCCUGCAUUCACUGUAUAUGGUUCCAUGAUCAGUCAUCUGUCAGUGCAUUGUCGUUUUCAAUAGUGGUCAAUGUGAGCUGAAGAAGUAUUGACUAUGCUGCUGUAUCAGAGGUUUUAUGUCCUAUGUUGCUGUACCUGUGGUUAAAAUACAGGGAGUUUUUUUUUUUUUUAAUGGACAGUAAGGACUUGAGACGGUGAAUAAAACCGCAGACAUCAGUGCAUGCCUUUUGAUUUUACAACAA